AUGGGCAACAAGCAAACCAUUUUCACUCAAGAGCAACUGGAUGCAUAUCAGGACUGCACAUUUUUCACAAGGAAAGAAAUUCUGAGGCUGUUUCACAGGUACCGAGACCUGGCCCCGCAGCUCGUUCCCCUUGACUACUCGGACAAACCAGCCGUGACACUCCCCUACGAGCUCAUCAGCAGCAUGCCAGAGCUCAAGGACAACCCAUUCCGGCAGCGGAUCGCUGAGGUGUUCUCAGAGCGCGGCGACGGCAACAUGACUUUGGAUGAUUUUCUGGACAUGUUUUCUGUGCUAAGUGAAAUGGCUCCCCGAGACUUGAAAGCUUAUUAUGCUUUUAAAAUUUAUGACUUCAACAACGAUGAUUACAUAUGCAAAUCAGACCUAGAGAAAACUGUUAACAAAUUAACCCGAAAUGAACUGACCCCAGAAGAAGUCAGCCUCGUGUGUGAGAAGGUGAUUUAUGAGGCUGAUGUGGACAAUGAUGGCAAACUGUCCUUGGCAGACUUUCAGCAUAUGAUUGUACGAGCUCCAGAUUUCCUCAGCACCUUUCAUAUUCGAAUCUGA